AUGGCGUCGCUUCCUCCCAUUUCCAGCCUCCCAUCAUUGGACACUGAAGAGCGAGCCCGAGUGUUAGACACGCUCUUCGAACCCUGUCGACAGCUGCACACCUUGUCCGUGAGCCUACUGCGCGAAAAGACCUUUUCCGCGUACGACGAGCUCAUCAAUGCCGUGGGAAACCAACUCCGGGGCCUGUUCGAGUCCGAUCUCGAGAGCGACGCCAAAUGGCUCGACUCCAUCCUCUCGGCGCAUCCUCGCCUGGGCGAGAAGAAAGUCGACAGCGAACAGAGCCGCAAGGAGCAAGCUCAAUUGAACCAGGGUGACCCGAACGAGGCCGAGAAACUGGCCGAGCUGAACAGGAAGUAUGAGGAGACGUUCCCCGGGUUGAGAUAUGUAGUCUUUGUCAACGGACGCAGCCGGCCCGUCAUCAUGCAAGAUAUGCAGAGGCGGAUCGAGCGAGGGGACUUGAGGCAGGAGAAAUUGGAUGCCAUCCAGGCCAUGUGCGAUAUUGCGUCUGACCGAGCGAAGAAAUUGGGCGGCUAG